AUGGAAGGCUACUUCAUGCUGUACGUCGACUACUUCGCCGAUGAUCCAUUGCACAACGAUGUGGUAUUUCGGCGCCGUUUCAGAAUGUCUCGGAAUCUCUUUUUGAAGAUCGCCGAGUACCUCCGGGAGGGCGACUACCUCCGCAUGGCCGAGUCCAAGGCCAUCGAUUGCAUGUACAGGUUCUAUAGGGCAAUUGUGGCGGUGUUUCGAGAUAUGUACUUGAGAACACACACUGCAGAAGACACAGCUCGGAUCCUAGAACAGAAUGCAGAAAGAGGAUUCCCAGGAUCGCACAAUGACAUCAAUGUGCUGCAAUGCUCGAAUGUGUUUGCCAAGCUCGUUGAAGGCACUGCUCCUCCUGUGAACUAUGAGAUCAAUGGCCAUGUGUACAACAAGGGAUUCUACCUGGCAGAUGGCAUCUAUCCAAGAUGGUCGACCUUUGUGAAGACAAUCUCAAACGCACCCGCAGGAGGAGCAAGAUCUUGGUUUGCGACGCAACAGGAAGCAUGUAGGAAGGAUGUCGAGCGGGCAUUUGGUGUGUUGCAGGCUCGAUUUGCCAUCGUUUGGUACUCUGCUCUCACCUGA